AUGCCUGCUUAUGAUAUAGGCCUCUUCUAUCCUGUUCGGUUUGGGGAUACAUUCCAGACUAGGUACCAAGUUAUCAGCAAAUUGGGCUUUGGAGCGAAUUCAACCCUUUGGCUCUGCCGUGACAUCGAGAAACAUCGCUAUAUUGCCCUGAAAAUCUUCAUUCACGACUGGAAAAAGAAUCGAGAAGUCGAAGUUCUAAGUCGGUUUUCGGAGCUACAAACGAGACACAAUGUGAAUGGUCUUAUUCGUACCAUGCUCGAUUCUUUCGAAAUAGAAGGUCCCAAAGGCAAGCACCAAUGCAUUGUCUUCGAGGUCAAAGGUAUUGGGAUCAAUUUGGUCAAUGGAAGGGACAAGUCAGUGUCCCUGAAUUAUCGUUAG